AUGAAUGGGAGAAAAAGCGCUCGCAGAGACAGUGAAACAAAACUUCUGUCAAAAAAGGCCGAAACUACAAAGAAUACGCCAUCAUCACUACCAAAAGCAGUACCAGGAGUAUCACCAGGAAGUGGAAAAUUUAUUUUUAAUGAUCAACGACUACAAACUUCUGAUCCGUCAUAUCUGUCUUUGAAGAAGACAAUCAACAGCCAAGAAGAAGUGAAUGAGAAGAUCAAUGAUUAUGUAAAGGUGGAGGAAAGUGCCGGAGAUCAAUUUGUAGAAUGGAUAGAAGAUCAUAAACCAACGUCAAAAAUAUGUCGAUCGUGGAUCCUCCGGAAUGGUACUAACGUUGGAGAGAUAUUAGCAAGAAAUGUGGAAACCAUUCCGGAGGCCCAAAAAUGUUUAAAUGAGGAAGUUACUUUAAUCGAAUCAGAUAUACCGGAUGUUGUGACAUUUUUUUUCAAUGAAGUUGAGAAGAUAACAAAACAAGAAAACGCAAACAUUGUUAAGGAAAUCGAAAAUUUAUCUCCAGAAUUAAUUGAAAAGAAUAAUCAUGUUGAGCUAACAAAAGAGGAGAAAGAUAUCAGACGUGCUAUAAUAACAUAUACAGAAAAACUAAAAGGACUCGAACUACCCAUGAAUACAGUCUGA